CACGAGCGGAGGGGGAGAGAGAGGGGGAGAGAGAGAGAGAGAGAGAUAGGGCUGAUGUGCAGCAUGCUUCGACAGACUAAGCAGCUCCAGUGAGAGGAACGGACCGACUGCGCUCAAGUUAAGGCUGUUUUAACUAAAAACUACUCCAAACACAUUUUCCACACUUUCACCUGAACAGAAAGCGACCGCUCUGCCUUCAUAUACUUUUUUUCCCUGCCGUGGAUGAGCUGAGAAGCGUGGAUGGUUAUGUUUGAAAAGGAGACAGGACAGACACUGGACCAGUCGACCGCGACAGCGAUGCCUUCCAACCAAUACGCUGCUGCUAUCAUGGAAGAGAGCAACAACAAGACCGCCACAGCGGUGGUGAACGGAGGCACGCCCCCAGCCGAGGGUCUGUCUGAGAACGACAGCGGCGUGGAGCUGACCAAUGAGAACAGCCCUUUGACGGCGGCCGAACCGCCCUCCCCCUUCAGCCCCAAACAGAAUGGAGACGCCGCCUCGCCUCAAGAUGGUCCAAGGGGGAGCAGGAAGAGGAACAGGAAGAGGUCAGAGGAGGAGGAAAGUACCUGGGACUCCUACAGCGAGGAAAAGUCUUCAGGGGCGUCUCAGUUGUGCCUGAGGCAGAGACCUCCACCCAGAACCAUCUUCCAGGCCGGCCUCACGCCGCACACGCACAGCAAACCUCGCAGACAGAACCGCAAACAGGAGCACAGCAUGCUGCAGUGUGCCAGUGGCCCUCGGGUGGCUGUGGUCGCACCUGCCGCGGUCCCGGAGGCCCCCUGUCUGGAGCUGAUGGAGCAAGAUUCCAAAGACUCGGCUCAGAGCACCAGCACCUCGUCCAGCUCCGAAACCCAGCAAGAGUACAACGACAACAAGGGGUUUGGAAUCGGCGACCUAGUUUGGGGGAAAAUCAAGGGCUUUUCCUGGUGGCCGGGCAUCGUGGUGACGUGGCGAGCCACCGGCAAACGGCAGGCCAGCCAUGGCAUGAGGUGGCUGCAGUGGUUUGGAGACGGCAAGUUCUCUGAGGUUUCGGCAGACAAGCUGGACUCCAUCACUGCCUUCCCCAAGUUCUUCAGCCAGGCUUCGUACACUAAGCUGGCUUCCUACCGCAGGGCCAUCUUCCAAGCACUGGAGAUGGCCAGCGUCCGAGCAGAAAAGACGUUUCCUCCCUGCGAGUCAGACAACCCAGAGGACCAGGUCAAACCCAUGCUGGACUGGGCCAACGGUGGCUUCCAGCCCAAAGGAGAGGAGGGACUGAAACCUCGACAGAGCGCCGACAGCAACCCUCUGGACCACCAGGUCCUCGAUGUGUCCCUGCCCGAGUAUUUUCCCAGUGCAAAGCGACCCAAAGUCAGCCUGUGUAAGAGCAAAGCCGCACCUGAGGAGUCCUACAGCAGAGAACAAAUGGUGAAUGAAGUUCUGAAGAAUAAAAGAAGUAUAGAAGAAUUCUGUCUCUCUUGCGGAAAAAGCAGAGCAGCAACCUACCACCCGCUGUUUGAAGGAGGCUUGUGCCAAACGUGCAAGGACGUGUACCUGGAGAUAUCCUACAUGUACGACGAUGACGGCUACCAGUCGUACUGCACCGUGUGCUGCGGGGGCCGGGAGGUUUUGCUCUGCGGCAACGCCAACUGCUGCAGGUGUUUUUGCGUGGACUGUCUGGACAUCCUGGUCGACCCGGGGGCGUCUAACAACGCUCGGUAUCUAGACCCGUGGCGAUGCUACAUGUGCCAGCCGCUGCUGCAGUACGGCGUCCUUAAACGGCGGCACGACUGGAGCCUCAAGCUGCAGGAGUUCUUCGCCAGUGACAACGGACAGGAGUUUGAGACGCCUAAGAUUUACCCAGCAGUCCCUGCAGAGCAGAGACGACCAAUCAGAGUCCUCUCCCUGUUUGACGGCAUUGCCACCGGCUACCUGGUUCUGAGGGACCUGGGCUUUAAGGUGGACCAGUACGUGGCGUCAGAGGUGUGCGAGGACUCGAUCUCAGUGGGUGUAGUCAGACAUGAAGGAAAGAUCCAGUACGUCCAUGAUGUCCGGAACAUCACCAAGAAAAAUAUUUUGGAGUGGGGUCCCUUUGACCUGGUGAUCGGAGGAAGUCCCUGCAAUGAUCUCUCAAUUGUGAAUCCAGCGAGAAAAGGCCUCUAUGAAGGCACCGGGAGGCUGUUCUUCGAGUUUUACCGACUGCUGAGCGAGGCCAGGCCCAAAGAGGGAGAGGACCGGCCGUUUUUCUGGAUGUUCGAGAACGUGGUCGCCAUGGGUGUCAACGACAAGAGGGACAUCUCCCGAUUCCUGGAGUGUAACCCUGUGAUGAUUGACGCUAUCGAGGUCUCUGCUGCUCAUCGAGCCAGAUAUUUCUGGGGGAACUUGCCGGGCAUGAACAGGCCUCUGUGUGCCUCAGGGAUGGACAAGCUGGAGCUGCAGGACUGUCUGGAGCACGGCAGAGUGGCAAAGUUUGGUAAAGUGCGCACCAUCACUACUCGCUCCAAUUCCAUUAAACAGGGAAAGGACCAGCACUUUCCUGUUUUGAUGAACGGGAAGGAGGACAUACUGUGGUGCACUGAGCUGGAGAGGAUUUUCGGUUUUCCUGUCCACUACACAGAUGUGUCCAACAUGGGUCGCGGUGCCAGACAGAAACUCCUGGGCCGGUCCUGGAGCGUCCCAGUCAUCAGGCAUCUGUUCGCACCACUCAAAGACUACUUCGCUUGUGAAUAGACACCACCCCUUGGCUAAACUUAACACUUAAAAACUCACACAUCCUCUCUUGUCAGGUGCUCCGACAGACAAAUAGCCAGUUUCACGAAAAAUCAGUGUAGAAGGGAAACGGUGAAAGUAGCUAGAAAGUAGUUUGUAGCCACACGACACACACUAACACGGAUAGACAGAUGCAGCAGGAGUGAGCACCGUGGCUGUGUUUUAUCGCUACCCUAGAAAGAGUCAGAAACAGGGGAAGGUCAGAAGUCAGGAGAACGAUCGCUGAUUAUAUCAUUCUUUAUGGAGGCCAAUAGGGUAAGUCGCCUUUCAGGUGGUUCAGGUGGUUUUGCUUUAUUGUUUAACACUAGAACUGGACAAGGGUUUUAAUACGAUUUUGGUUUAUUUUAAAAAUGCCUUCAGAAGAUUUUUAAGUGACACAACACUUAGUAGUUGCAGGAAACAACUUUUUAAAUGGCUUUAAAUUGCCAAGUCAUUCAGACAGCGAUUACUUGGCUGAUACAGGCUGUUAAUAUGAAUCAAAAACACUUACAAGCUCACUUGAACCAAAGUCAGACGAUGGUCGCUUUUCUGUUAACAGAUGAUCCAAUAGCCUGAAAUGUAUUUUCCGUAAAAGGGCUGCUUUCAUUGGUCUCAAGUUGGUCUUUAGUUGUCCAGGUUUUAAGAUCAUACAGAUCUAAAACUGUACCACACAUUAAAAGUCAAGCUUAUCCUGGUGUUAACUAAUUCACUAGUGUCUGACAGCUCAUAGUAGUUCUGUCUGUUAAAACUAAUCUGUUAAAUUUUAUUAGAGCACCCUUAAGUUGUUACCUAUUAUGAUUUUAAUCUGAAAACCUUAGGAUCAGGUUUGAUUUCCAAAAGACCAAUGUAAGGAUCAUUCUGUUGGAAAAUGCUCUGAUCAGUGGAAGCUAGCGGACUAGAAGCUAACCAGGAAAGGAGACAGGAUUUUGACUUUAUACGGUAGUUUUUGUUUUUUUACUGUCAUUUGUAAAAAAAUAUAUAUAUUUUUUUUACUUGUCAUCUGUUGUUGCUUUUAUGUGGGCAACAUAGCUUAGUUUAAAAAAAGAGAAAAAAGUUUUUAUCAAAGAAGAUCUUAAAGUGUUUUUGUAUAUUUAGUCUUAAAACUUUUAUUGAAUUUCUCCCUAAUAGCUACGUACAAAUACUUGAAACAAACCAAUGCAAACCUUCACCAGCCAUUCCAGACAGCUGAAAAAUGAAAGAGAUGACAUUCGUCUAACUGUACAUGUUUCAGAUACUUUCUCAGAAAUACAGCCGCCACAGUUUAUUGUAAUCUGUGUCUUCAUGUGUCACUGGUCCUGAUUCAAAUUCAGGACGGAGUGCAAGAAACCUUUAUUUCUGUUCGAGAAGAGCAAGAAAAUGAUGGUUGGAAAACAUUGGUGAACACAUUAUUUUUGUGAACUAGCACUGACUACUUGACCUACCUACUACUGACCGACUCUAAAGUGUGUGGUUGGUGUUCAGUGUCUGUUUUUCCAGUGUGACUUCCGGUGCUAAAUGUUCACCAGCCAAUCUUCUAGUGGUCGGUACCAUUUCUUAACACUGCAUGCUUAGGCAAGUUCACCAGACAGUGUCGUAAAUGCUGAACAGUUUAUUUUUGCUCUUUACCAAACUUUUACAAAAGCAUAGUCCUUUAAAUACCUUUGAUAAUAAGAAGACUUUUAAAUGCUGUUGGCUGUCACCAAAUCAGACUAAAUGGGCAUUACCUCAGAUAAAGGGGCCACUGUACAUCACUUCUCUCAAAGGACCUGUUUUGUGAAUCUAAACUGCAGCUGUCCACUCCCAUGUGCCCUGUAAAUAUGCUUGUAUUUUAUCACUGGAACCUUUUUUUAUUUUUCCACUUGAUGUUUUGCGUACUGUAUUGAUAGAAAGGUUUACAAGUGUCUGACCAAGAACUACAUUAUUUUUUUAACACACAAAUGCACAAGCCUUCAUGAAUAUAUAUUUUUUACUAUCAUGUUUAAAUGUCCAGUUAGUUAGGGUUUUUUUUAGGGAUGUGAUACUUCUCUUUGGUGCUUAAAAUGACCCUGAAAGUGCGAUCAGGAACCAUUUUCUUGUACUUUUCAAGCUGGAUUCUCAAGUCAUUUAAAAAAUCAAAAAGUAAUUGUUUACAUGCUUCAUUCAUACUGCUGAUCUUGUUGAAUGUUUUGCUUGAAAACAGUACGAAAAAAAAAAGAACUUUUAGUAACUGCUCUUUUAAGACAUUUUAUAUUGGAUUUAUAAUAUAGUAUAUAUUAACACAGUAUAAAGCUUGCUUGUAAUUUGUAAUGUUUAAGUAUAGUAUAGACCGUACUAAUCAAUAGUUUUUGACAUUCUGUGUUAUUUAGAUGUGAACCAUUUGAGCAUAUAUUUGUAGGCUUUCGUGUGAAUGAUCAUUUCUCAGUUUUGUUUUCUACUAUAACCUUUUUGUGCUUUAUCAGAAUCACAUUCAUUUUUUUUCCUGUUUGCUUUUUAAGAAUCUCACGUGCAAAAGCGUCUCAAAAGAACAGAUUCAGUGCUAUUUUUAUAUUUUAUUUGAUUGUUAGAGGAAAACAUUGAUAUUUUUCUAUGUUUGUAUACUUCCUAUAGCAGCCUACUUAUAUAAUUUGUACUCAAUAAAAAAUUU